AUGGCUGGCUCUUCAAGUGCGGAUCAAGGGUGGAACAAGAAACGAUCUGCUGUCGAAGAUGCCCCCGGCCAACCGCCAGUCAAGAUCGGCACCUCCGUCUACACGCCCGCGAAGAAAACUGUGACGCGCACUGUGCAGAAAGGCUCUAGUACGGGCGGUAGAUCCUCCGGAGGAAGACGAGUCGCUGGGCUUGGGGGCGCCACACCUUCUCCGAGUGGGAGAAAGGGUCUGGUUGCGGACGUCGGAAGAUCUACGCGGACGCCUCGAGCUGCGACGCCCGCUUCUCGUGAGAGCGGGUUACGCGGGCUGAGCGCUGGGCGGUUCGGUACUCCUACAGAUGCUGACUUGGACGUGCUGCCUGCUCCGCCUAGACCUCCUCCUGCUUCCCACCAUUCAUCAUCUGGUACUGGCACUCCUGAGCCAGCAUGUUCUCCCGGGUUUUUCCCUUCCGAUGCGUUCGAGUCCGAAAAUAUGGCGGGCGGAGUGGUGGAUAACGCGUUGAAGACGGCCGCUGGUGUGCCGAAGCGCGCGGCGGGCGUAUUACAUUCGAUUGUGGGCUGGCUCCAGAGUAACAAGAGGGAGGUCGCGCUGCUAGAGACGGUACGACACGACGCGCUGCCCCCUGACGAUGCCAAGUGUGUCCACUGCCGCUUCGUACGAGGCCUGGAGGAAUCGGAAGCGGGAAAGGCGGAAUACCGUUGUAUUGAAUGUGAUGGCGGCGUAGCUUGGUUUUGCGCGAGUUGUGUCAAGGCGACACAAGGGUGA